GCUAAAUUGUUUACAGUCUUGAAGCAUAGAGAGAACUCCUCUGUCACAGCCCCAACGACUUGGUGCUGGAUUUUCCCUCUGCCGCUGCCAAGUUUGGAAAGGAAGCCCGGGAACUAGAGGGAAGCCAGGCUAGCCACUUGCAGCAGCACUCAGAGAUCUUGAUUUGCUGUCACGUGGCUCCUUGCUCACAUGACCCUCGCUGACAGCUCCUGCCAGUCCAGAGCCAGCUGUAACUUUCUUGUGGAUGCUAAGAAGAGACUAUCCCCAGAAAGAAGAGGUGUCCAAGAGGGCAAGAAAAGGCAUCAAGCUCAGCAUGGAGGAUGACAGUUCAGUCCCAGAGAUCCAAGGAGAAAGUACCUGCCCUCUCUUAGAUGAGCAGCUCCCUAGAGGGAAAGUGCCAGGGUUCUGCUCCGUCCGCUGGGGCCUAGCUGUCAUCCUGCACAUUUCCUUCCUUGUUGCCUACUCCCAGAGGGUGGACCUCAGCAUCGCCAUAGUUGCCAUGGUGAACAGCACAGGCCAGCAGACAUCUCUCAAUGUCUCCACAGAUGUGUGUCCUGGGCCCUCUCCUGCGCCCCCCAACACAUCCCAGCCCACAGAGAUCAAGGCUCCUGUCUAUGACUGGACCCCUGAAACCUGUGGAUUCCUCUUAAGUUCUUUCUCCUAUGGCUACCUCAUCACCCAGAUCCCCGGAGGCUACCUCACGGGCAUUGUGGGCUGGAAGCCCGUCUUAGGCACUGGACUGCUCCUCUCCUCCAUCCUCAGCCUUCUCCUCCCAUUGGCUGCAGAGCUCGGUGUGGUCUAUCUUGCCCUCAUCCAGGCUCUGAGAGGCCUUUCUCAGGGUGUGAUAUUCCCAGCCUAUUACACUCUCUGGACAAAGUGGGCCCCACCUCAGGAACUCACCUGCCUCAUGAAUUUUUCUGAUGCUGGUACCACACUAGGAACCUUCUUCACUCUGAUGGUGGGAGGCAUCACCUGCCAGACUCUGGGGUGGCCGGCCUUCUUCUACAUCUUUGGUGGUGUGAACUGUGUCUGGUGCCUGCUUUGGUUCUUUCUGGUGUUUGAAGAUCCUGACAGUCACCCUUGCAUCAGUACCACAGAGAAGGAAUAUAUCAGAUCAGCCUCAACCCAGAAGGGCCACUGCCACAGCUGGUCAUUACCUCUCUUCUCCAUGUUGAAAUGUGGGCCACUGUGGGCCAUUGCAGUUGCCUAUUUCUGUUGUGACUGGCUCUUCUAUACCCUCCUGACUCUGCUUCCUGUGUAUCUGAACCGCAUCCUUCACCUGGACACCAGGGAGAGUGGAUUCCUGAGUGCCCCUCCAUACAUUGGGAACUGGCUGGGCCACAUAGGCAUAGGGCUCCUGGGAGACUUCUUGAUAGCCAAAAACCUGAUCCGGCUGGGUGCAAUGAGGAAAUUCUUCACAGCUCUGGGCAUGCUGUGCCCAGCAGCCCUGGUGCUCACAGUGUCCUACAUUGGCUGCAAUUAUGUCCUGGCUGUCAUCCUGUUCACUCUCUCCAUGACCCUCAUCAGCAUGACCGGUGCUGGCUAUGCUGUGAAUCUCCUGGAUGUUGCCCCCAGGUAUGCAGGCUUUUUGCAUGGAGUCAUUAACACUCUGGGCAAUCUCUCAGGAAUGGCGGCACCCACUGUGGCUGGAUUCCUCAGCAGUCAGGAUACCCUGUCUGGUUGGAGACACGUCUUCUUGCUGUCAGGAGCCAUUAACCUAUUUGGGGUGAUCUUCUACCUCGGCUUUGGCAGGGCAGACGUCCAGGACUGGGCUAGAGUAGAGAGCACCCCAUAAUGACAAGUAGACUGAAGAGACUGGGAGGCCUCUCAGCAGCUGUGGGGAAGGAGAAAGAAUACUGAGCUGAGAGCAAAAGAACUUGGGCCCUUAGAUAAAUAUCUACUGAUUGAUGGCUUCAUUGCUAGUCCCACCCUGUCACUAACCUGGUGUGUGACCUUGACCAAGUCAUUUCAUUCCUCUCCCAUCUAAAAAUAAGAUGGGUGGGUUUAUCCCUCUUCUUAGAGAAGAGGAGUGUAAAGGUAUGGAAAACUGCAUAUUAUAAUCAGGCAAGGUCCUGGGCCAGGGAAAUCUACUUUACUUUCUUUGUUUUCAAGGAGGGUUCAAGGCAGAGUGGAAAAGACAUUAAUAAAAAAAUUUUUAAAAAGUAA